AUGGCCGAUCUCCACCCGCCGGAGCCGGAGACCAACGGCGGCGCGGCCGCCCCCGCCGCCGCCCCCGCCCCCGCCGUCCCGCUGCCUACGGGCGACCCCGCAGCUGAGGCCGCAGCGGCGGCGGAGCCCCCCGCGCCGCCCUACUCCAAGCGCCGCCGCCGCCCCAGCGUGCGCCUCGGCGACAUUGGCGUCCAGCCCAACGCCACCGCCUCCGACGCGCGCCGCCCCCGCAAGCCGUCCCACUCGCGCCCGCCGCGCCGCGCCCACCCGGACGACAUCCUCGACCCCGCCGCCGCCGCCCAGCGCCGCGGCGGCCCCAAGCUCGGCCAGCGCCGCCCGCGCACGGCCUGGAUCCCGGCGCCCUCGGGGCCUGGCGCCGGCGACGGGUACGAGGACGACGAGGGCCACUACUACGACGACGCCUACCAGUCCGACUCCGCCGCGGCCGCGCGGGCUAGGGUUUCGGAGGCCAGCGUCGACGAGUCGGACGGCGUCGCCGACUGGGGCCUCCCCAACGGGCGCCUCCCCGGGGCGGCCGCCUCCUACGGCGGCGUCCGGGCGUGGCUCGACGGGCUCGGCCUCGCGCGGUACGCGCCCGUCUUCGAGAUCCACGAGGUGGACGACGAGGUGCUCCCGCUGCUCACACUAGAGGACCUCAAGGACAUGGGCAUCGGCGCCGUCGGCUCCAGGAGGAAGCUCUUCGACGCCAUCCUCAAGCUCCGGACCGGCAGCGACACCGUCUCCUGAGCCCGCCCGCCCUUGUUUCCGAGCGAAACCAGAUUUCCAUGACAAUGUAGCAAGAGGAAUGGUCGUUCCCAUACAUUCGCAGGAAAGGGGUGAGUGUUACAGCCUCAAAGCUGCCUAUUAGAAUAGACUUUUUUUAAGGGCAAGGUAAGGUUUACAGCUUUGAAUAUGAAUGGGCAAGUUGUCCUUGGCCAGCAAAGAGGAAAACCUUACACGGUUACACCAUGAGAGAUUUCGUCAAGUCCUUUAGACUGACAUGUGUGAGUAUGUUUUUUGCUGCAAAGUAGAUAUAGCAAAAAUAUAUAAUCACACAAAUCUCAUAAAAGCAACGCCUUUCCUAGUUUUCUUUAUGGCACAUCAGCGCAUCUUUUCCCUUUGAACAAUUUCCUGAUCAUGGUAGGUAUAUAUUCUCCAAAUCAUGCAGGGACCAGUUACAUUUUUUUACAUUACCUCUUCUCAAAAAACACGUGAAAGAUAAUUUCCUCUGAAACAUGUGGAUCUCUUGAUUUCCUUAAAGGCCAUACUUCGACGCAUGCAUAGAAUACGUCCUUCCAAAAGGCUAUGGAUAGUCGGCACAUGACCCCUAUGAAGAUUUAUUCUAUAUCAAGUGGGAACAGCUACUAUUCACUUAGGUCCAACAAAAAAGUCAGCGCCAAGUGCACAGAAUGCUCUUAAAUUUUGUGAAAUUGCCUUUUCUCACCUCAACUUACAUCAGUUAUCCCUUCCUGCAUGGUUCUGUACUCCUGUAGGUAACAAAGCUUGUACUGAACUUCUUGAGCAUGAAAUCAACCACAUACUGCAGUUUCUGUCCAUGAGGUCCAUUUAUAUAAAAAAUAGUGCAAGUGAUCGACAACUGAUCAUUAUGAUGAAAAGUGCAAUAAGUAAUGUAGCUUUUCGUUAGCAAGUGAAUGGCACACAAAUAUGCUGGUCUACUCUUCUUAUGGGCUCCAACUAUAAUAUUAUGAUACUAUCUGAUCAGCUAAACUAAAUGCACUUAUGUGUCCCUAUGUUCUUGUAAAUUCCAUUUCUCCUUACAUGUCCUGUCUACUGACUUUGCAUUCACAUGUUUCUCUUAACUGGGGUUGCUGCAUUAUAACUUCUAUGAUGAGCACAGUCCAUGUAGGGAGCUCAGAGUUUCUUAUCAACUUUGACAGCAAUCAUUUCAAUGACUUUGAGACGUUAAAUCCUCUUAACAUAUAGUCUUUCAGUUAAUCUCCUGCACUCCUGCUACAGUGUAAGCUAAUUUAGAAUCUGAAACCCAAGGUGCUUUACAUAAACAGUGUAAAGUUGAGGUUUUAUUUACAAAUAUGAGCUUUAGAAUAUCAUGUUAGAUAAUUUUUUUAUGUCCUCAAGUAGUAGUCAUUGAAUUUGUACACAAGGACCCAUACUUCACCAAGUCCACUGCCUGUUUCUGCAUAUUUUCCUUCCUAGUAGGAAUG